UGUGCUCUGUGUGUGCCCUCAGAGCCGGGCCCCUCUGAGCCGGGCCCCUCUCCAGGAGCUGUACGACCCCUCCAUGGAGUCCAGCGCCGCCAACCUGGACGACCUGCAGAAGUCCUGGAGACCCUGAAGAACGUGAUCAGUGAGAAGCAGAAGUCCUCUGUACGAGGCUCUGGAGCGUCAGCAGCACUACCAGGAGACGGUGCAGUCCGUCUCCACCAAGAUGGAGUCCGUGGAGGGGGCGCUCAACGAGAGCCUCGAGCCCAGCAAGACCCCCGAGAGCCAGAUGGCCGCCCACCAGGCCCUGAUGGAUGAGAUCAUGAUGCUGCAGGAGGAGAUCGGGGAGCUGCAGACGUGUUUCUCUGAGGAGCUCCUGGGGGACGGGGACGGGGACGGGGACGGGGGGGACCAGCUGGCCCUGAGGUCCACCCUCACCGUGCUGGGGGAGAGGAUGGCCACCAUCCGCAUGAAGGCCUCCGGGAAGCGGCAGUUGCUGGAGGAGAAGCUGGGCGAGCAGCUGGAGGAGCAGCGGCAGCAGCAGACGCUGCAACGCUACCACGUCCAGGCGGAGGAGCUCAACCAUUGGCUGCUCAGCACGCAGGCCACGCUAAGCUCCGCCCUCCAGCCCCAGGGCGACUCCCUGGACAUGGAGGAGCAGCUCAUCGACUGCCAGAACAUGCUGUACGAGAUCGAGCGCAAGGUGGCGUCGCUGUCGGAGCUCUCGGUGCACAGCGAGUCCCUGCUGCUGGAGGGCCGCGCCGGGCCCCCCGGGGGCGAGGCGGAGCAGCUCACCCACAAGCUGCGCUCGCUGAAGGACAGCCUGGUGGAGCUGCAGCGCAUGCUGCACGACAAGCAGGUGGACAUCCAGGGAACGCUUCAGGAGCAGGAGGACAGCGAGACGGACUCCGUCCUGUCCCAGAGUCCCAACGUCCAGGACUGGCUGUCCCAGGCCCGCUCCACACGCUCCCAGCAGCACCAGUGCAACCUGCUGCGUCAGAGGGAGCUGGAGGAGCAGGUGUCAGAGCAGCGGCGGCUCCUCCAAUCGGUGGCCAGCAUCGGGGAGGAGGUGCUGAGCCAACACGCCCCCCCAAACGGAGACAGUGAGGUGUCGGUCCCAGGGGGGGUCCUGCUGGAGGCAGAGAGCUUCUCCCCCCUGGAGCAGCUCCGGCAGCGCUGGGAGAACCUGAAGAGAGAUCAGAGUACCAAGCUGCAGCUGUCCCUCACCUCGCUGGAGCAGGAGCAGCUCAGCCCGGUGCUCCACAGACCUCGUCUGUCCAGUCCCGGGGUGGUUCUCCGGGGCGAGCCCCCCAGCCAGGACCCCCGCUCCCCCAGAGCCCUGUUCGAGGCCUGCAACCGGACCCUGGACGCUCUGGCCCAGGAGACAUCGUGCGGGGACGCCAAGGCGCUUCCCGGCGAGGCGAGGGUCCAGCAGGAGCUGUGUGUUGCCGUGGCGACGGCCUCGACCUGGCUGGACGCUGCGGAGAACCAGCUGCUGUCUGGACCCGUCCUGCUGUCUGAGGACACGGAGAGCCAGCUCUACACCAUGGAGGGCCUGGGCAGGGAGCUGAAGGAGGUGCAGGGGGAGGCGUCGCGGUGCCGGGCGCUGCUGGGGGCGGGGGCGCGGCUGUGGGGCGGGGAGGAGCGGGGGCUGAUGGAGGACACCCUGGGCGGGCUGAUGGAGCGGCUGGAGCUGCUGGACUCCACCCUGGAGCAGCAGUGUGACGGCAUGAGGGACCGCCUGCAGGACCACUCGGCCUUCCAGAACGAGCUGAGGAGGCUGUUCACCGCGCUGGGGGACAGCAAGCAGGCGGUGCUGCAGAGGAAGACCGGGGCCCUGGACAAGCCCGCCUCCAAGCAGAUCGAGGCUCUGUCUGAGGUGGAGGAGAGCUUGCGGGAGUUUGAGCAGAGGGUGGCUGAGCUGAAGAGCAAAGCGGAGAGCCUACAGUCGGACCAGGUCUCCAAGCAGGAGCUGCUCAAACUCCAGGAUGCGUACGGGGAGUUGGUGCUGAUGGUGGGCUCGCGGCGCAGCAGCCUGAACCACAGCCUGUCGCUGAAGGCCCAGUACGAGGCCGCGCUACACGACCUCGCCGACCUGGUGGACACCGCCCAGGACAAGAUGGCCGCCGACCAGAAGAUCACCGUGGCCUCGGUCAUCGACGUGCAGAUGCUGCUGGACAAACACAAGGAGUUCUUCCAGGGUGUGGAGCGGCAGAUGGUGCUGAGCCAGGCCUUCUACAGCAAGGUGUCGGGGCUGGUGGGGCCGCGGGAGAGCCAGGCCCUGGAGGAGACCAUGGGCGCGGCCCACAGCACCCUGAAGCAGGCCCACCGCAGAGGGGUGGAGCUGGAGAGCAUCCUGGAGUCGUGGAGCCGGCUCCUAGAGGACUACAAGGCGCUGUGCGGGCAGCUGGAGGCGGUGGAGGGCGGUGUUCCCACCGUGGCGCUGGUGGAGGAGACGGAGGAGCGCCUCAGCGAGCGGAUCAACCUCUACCAGUGUCUGAAGGCCCGCCUGACGGAGCACCAGCCCCAGCUGUACCAGGUGCUGGAGGAGGGCAAGCGGCUGCUGCUGAGCGUGUGCUGCGGGGACCUGGAGACCCAGCUCACCACGCUGGGGGAGCACUGGCUCUGCUCCACCACCAAGGUCAACCGAGAGCUGCACCGCCUCGACUCCACCCUCAAGCACUGGAGCAGGUACCAGAGGGAGUCCUCUGAGCUCAGCCAGUGGCUGAGGUGGGCUCUGGACCGGCUGGGCUUCUGGACCACCCAGUCCGUCACCAUCCCCCAGGAGCUGGAGACCGUCAGGGACCACCUCUCCGCCUUCCUGGAGUUCUCCAAGGAGGUGGACGCCAGGUCGUCCCUGCGGUCCUCCGUGCUGAGCACCGGCCACCAGCUGCUGCGUCUGAAGCGGGCGGACACGGCCGGCCUGCGCUCGGCCCUGGCCCAGGUGGACACGCAGUGGGCGGAGCUCCUCACACGCAUCCCCGUGGUGCAGGAGAAGCUGCACCAGCUGCAGAUGGAGAAGCUGGCGUCGCGCCACGCCAUCCAGGAGCUGAUGAGCUGGAUCUCCCUCAUGGAGAACAUCAUCGGAGAGGACCAGGACCGCAUCUCCAGCGCCGUGGGCUCGGAGCGCGUGCAGGACUUCCUCCAGAAGUACAAGGGUUUCCGGAUCGACCGGACCUGUAAGCAGCUGACGGUGGACUUUGUGAACCAGUCGGUGCUGCAGAUCAGCAGCCUGGACGUGGAGGGCCGGCGCAGCGACAAGACAGACUUUGCGGAGAAGCUGGGGGCCAUGAACCGGCGCUGGCAGGUCCUCCAUGGCCUCAUCAACGAGAAGAUCCAGCUGUUGGAGGGGCUGCUGGAGGGCUGGCUGGAGCACGAGAGCGGGGUGCAGGCGCUGAAGGCCUGGCUCACGCUGCAGGAGGACAAGCUGAAGAAGAAACACCGGAUAGAGGACGUGGCCUCGGUGCAGAGCGCCCUCAAGGACUGCCAGGAGCUGGAGGAGCUGGUGAAGGAGAAGGAGAAGGAGCGAGAGAAGGCCGAGGAGCGAGGAAGUGCGCUGAUCCAGGGCAAGAAGGGAGAGGCCUGCUCCGUCGUCAGAGAGACCCUCAAAGGACUCAACCAGUCCUGGGCCGGCCUGGACCACAUGAUGAGCCAGAUGAAGCUGAGUCUGCGCUCGGUGCUGGAGCAGUGGACGUCGUACCGCCGCGAGGCCGAGGAGAUCAGCGGCUACCUGAUGGGGGGCCGCUACGCCGUGUCCAGGCUCCGCCUCCUGAACGGCUCGCUGGAGGCCGUGCAGCAGCAGGUGUCCAGCCUGCAGAGCCUGCAGGAGGAGAUGGACAAGCAGGAGAGCAGCCUGGGGAAGUUCGGCUCGGUGACCCACCAGCUGCUGACCGAGUGCCACCCGUCGGUGGCCGACACGCUGAACCGCGCCCUGAGGGACGUCAACAUCAGGUGGAACGGUCUGCUGGAGCAGAUCUCAGAGCAGCUGAGGAGCAGCAAGGCGCUGCUGGGCCUGUGGCAGAGCUACCAGGCGGCGGGCGCUCAGUGUGUGACGGCGGUGCAGCGGCAGGAGGACCGCGCCAACCGGCUGCUGAAGAGCGCCACCGACCGGGACAUCACGGAGCAGGAGAGCGCCGCCUGGGUCCGGGACUGUGACGCCUGCCUGGGCGGCCAGGCCCCCGUGCAGCAGUCGCUGCAGCAGCUGCAGGCCCUGGGGGAGCAGCUGAAGAGCCAGGUCGACGCCUCCUCUGUGGCCGCCCUCCAGUCAGAUCACCGCUCGCUGGUCCAUCGCCUGGCAACGCUGGAGCACGGCCUGCACCGGCACCAAGAGAUACUGCAGUCGGGGACCCAGGACUACGAGCUCUUCCGGGGGCAGCUGGACACACUGUGCUCCCAGGCUUCGGAGGCCGGGCUGGCCCUGAAGGAGGUAGACCCGGUGGGAACACCGGAACCCACCGUGGUCCAGGAGCACAUGGAGCGACUCAAGGUUCACCUGCUGCAGCUGAGCAGCCUGUCCCCGGACCUGGAGCGUCUCAACGAGCUGGCCUAUCGCCUGCCCCUCAGCGACCGGGACAUGAAGAGGCUGCAGGGCCUCAACCGGACCUGGGCCUCCCACUCGGCCCACCUCACCGAGAGGUUCAGUAAGCUGCAGGCGGGUCUCCUGCAGCACCAGAGCUUCCUGCAGAAGUGCGAGGCCUGGAUGGACUUCCUGUCCCAGACGGAGCAGAAGCUGGCCGCUGAGAUCUCGGGCAACCUCCUCAGUCUGAUGGAGCAGCAGAGAGACCACGAGCUGUUCCAGGCUGAGAUGUUCAGCCGACAGCAGAUCCUGUACUCCAUCAUCAGUGACGGACAGAGCAUGCUGCACCAGGGGCAGGUGGACGACAGGGAGGACUUCAGCCUGAAGCUGGCGUUGCUCAGCAACCAGUGGCAGUGCGUGGUGCGGCGUGCCCAGCAGAGGCGGGGCAUCAUCGACAGCCUGGUGGUGCAGUGGCAGAACUACCGGCAGAUGGCCGACAAGCUGCGGCGCUGGCUGCAGGAGGUCAGCCGCGACCCCGACGUCCACCAGCAGGGGGAGGCGGUGGCCCUGCAGGAGGCGCGCGCCAUGCUGGACCAGAUCCAGCUGCGGGAGCGGGUGCUCCAGCGCCAGCAGGGGGCGUACAUCCUGACGGUGGAGGCGGGCCGCAGCCUGCUGCUCACCGCCGACGGGCGGGUGGAGUCGGCGCUGCAGACGGAGCUCAUGGACACGCAGGAGAGGUGGAGGCACGCCCACCAGCGACUGGACCAGCAGCGCAGGGAGCUGCACGGCCUGCUCAAGGACUGGGGCCGCUGUGAGAAGGGCAUCGACGCGUCCCUGGAGAAGCUGCGGGCCUUCAAGAAGAAGCUGUCAGCGCCGCUGCCCGACCACCAGGAGGAGCUGCACUCGGAGCAGAUCCGCUGCAAGGAGCUGGAGAGCAGCGUGGAAGGCUGGACCGAUGACCUCACUUCCUUGUUCCUGUUGAGGGACUCCUUCGGGGGCGUGGUCAGCGCUGAUGACCUCACACUCCUGCAGGAACGCCUCCAGCUGCUGCAGAGCCAGUGGGAUGAGAUCUGCCACCAGCUCUCCCUGCGCCGGCAGCAGGUGAGCGAGAAGCUCAACGAGUGGGCGGUGUUCAACGAGAAGAACAAGGAGCUCUGUGAUUGGCUGACCACGAUGGAGAGUAAGGUCUCCCAGAACGGGGACAUCAGCAUCGAGGAGAUGAUCGAGAAGCUACGCAAGGACUACCAGGAGGAGAUCAGCGUCGCCCAGGGCAACAAGCAGCAGCUGCAGGCCAUGGGCGAGCGUCUGUCCCGGGCCAGCCAAGACAGCAAGGCGGCCGAGAUCCAGCACAAGCUCAGCAAGGUCAGCGAGCGGUGGCAGCACCUGCUGGACCUCAUGGGAGCACGGGUGAAGAAGCUGAAGGAGACCCUGGUGGCGGUGCAGCAGCUGGAUAAGAACAUGAGCAGCCUGCGGAGCUGGCUGGCCCACAUCGAGACAGAGCUGUCCCGCCCCAUCGUGUACGACACCUGCGACGACCUGGAGAUCCAGAGGAAGCUCAACCAGCAGCAGGAGCUUCAGCGAGACAUCGAGAAGCACAGCACGGGUGUGGCCUCAGUGCUGAACCUGUGCGAGGUGCUGCUGCACGACUGCGACGCGUGCUCCACGGAGACGGAGUGCGACUCCAUCCAGCAGGCCACUCGAGGGCUGGACCGCCGGUGGAGGGCCAUCUGCGCCCUGUCCAUGGAGAGACGCCUCAAGAUGGAGGAAACGUGGCGGCUGUGGCAGAAGUUCCUCGGCGACUACGGCCGCUUCGAGGAGUGGCUGAGGACCUCUGAGAGGACCGCGGCGCUGCCCAACUCGUCGGGCGUCCUGUACACCGUGGCCAAGGAGGAGCUGAAGAAGUUUGAGGCCUUCCAGCGCCAGGUGCAGGAGUGUCUGACCCAGCUGGAGCUGAUCAACAAGCAGUACCGCCGUCUGGCCCGGGAGAACCGCACCGACGCGUCCUGCCGGCUGCGGGAGAUGGUCCACGACGGGAACCGGCGCUGGGAUCACCUGCAGAGGCGGGUCGCCUCCAUCCUGCGCAGGCUCAAGCACUUCAUCAGCCAGAGGGAGGAGUUUGAGACGGCCCAGGACAGCAUCCUGGUGUGGCUGACGGAGAUGGACCUGCAGCUCACCAACAUCGAGCACUUCUCCGAGUGUGACGUCCACGCCAAGAUCAAGCAGCUCAGGGCCUUCCAGCAGGAGAUCCAGCUGAACACGGGCCGCAUGGAGCUGGUGCUGCGUCAGGGGGAGGGGCUGCUGGAGAAGAGCGAGCCGCUGGACGCCGCCGUGAUCGAGGACGAGCUGGGGGAGCUGCGUCGCUACGCCCUGGAGGUGUUCGGCCGCGUCGACCGCUACUACAAGAAGCUCACGCGCCUGCCGCUGGUGGAUGACGAUCUGGACGGCUCGGACCGCGAGCUAGAGGACGCUGAGGAGGAGGAGGAGGAGGAGGAAGAGGAGGAGGAGGGCGUGGCCUCGGACCUCUCAGACCUCCAGUGGGGCGACGCCUCCCCGGCCCACGGGGGACGUCCCGCCGCCGCCUCCGCCCUGGUGCGUGCCGAGCGCUCGGGCCGGGACACCCCCGCCAGCGUGGACUCCAUCCCGCUGGAGUGGGACCACGACUACGACCUGAGCCGCGGGCUGGACGGCGCGGCGGAGGGGCGGGGCCUGGGUGGCGACGCAGGGGGGCGGGGCCAGGAGCGAGAGGACGAGUACCUGGGCACGGCGGUGACGGCCGGGCUGUCAGAUGUAGUUAUCCCCGAGAGCACCGAGGCUUACAUUAAACUGACCGAGAGCACCCUGCGGUCCUCCUCCGGGACUCCUGCCCACCUGAGGCAGCGGGACCCCGGCCUGGAGCGGCAGCAGAGGGAGGGCCUGGCCAACGGCUCCAGCCCCGAGCUGGACUCCUCCUACAUGGGCUACAUGCGUCUGAUGGGGGAGUGCAGGGGCAACAUGGACGCCGUGAGGAGGGCGGAGGAGGAGCUGACGGAGGAGGAGGAGGACGCCCCGGGCCUCACCAAUCCCAUCAGCACCGACGCCCAGAGUGCAGGAGUGAUCGAGCGCUGGGAGCUGCACCAGGCCCAGUCGCUCACCGACCGCCACCGGCAGAAGCAAAAGCAGCUGAUCUCAGACCUGCAGACCAUGAGGGCGUGGCUGGGCCAGUCGGAGGCGGAGCUAGGACACCUGCGGAGCCUGGACCUCAGCACAGACAUACAGGCCAUCCAGCAGCGCAUCCGCAAGCUCAAGGAGCUGCAGAAGAGCAUGGACGGCCACAAGUCAGAGGUGCUGUCAAUCAACCUGAGUGGCAGCGAGUUCCUCCAAUCGGAGCCUGACUCCGAGGAGGCGUGGGCCCUGAGGGACGGGCUGAAGGAGAUGAACUCCCGCUGGGAGCGGCUCAGCUCCUCGCUGGAGGCCUGGAGGGAGGAGCUGCAGCGGGCGCUGAUGCAGUGCCAGGAGUUCCACGAGAUGAGCCACGGACUGCUGCUGUGGCUGGAGCACAUCGACCGCCGGCGGAACCAGCUGGGGCCGGCCGCGCCCUCGGCCGACCGGUCCACCCUGCGCUGCCACCACGCCACGCUCACGCAAAUCAAGCAGGAGCUGCUGGACUCCCAGCAGAAGGUGUCGGCCCUCCAGGAGCUGUCGACCCAGCUGCUGGUCCACAUCCAGCCCUCGGGCCCCGGCGCCCAGCCCCCGGGGGGCCCUGCGGCCCCGCCCUCGGGCCCCGGGGAGCGGCUGGAGGCCCAGGAGAAGGUGCACGUCAUCUGGAACCGGCUGAAGCUGCUCCUCAGGGAGGUGAACGUGGACCUGGAGGAGCUGGAGAGGAGGCUGGAGGAGGCCGGCCAGGGGAAGCAGGAGUCGCUGUCCCACGUGAACAAAGCCCACCUGUCGGGAACCCCUCGUCCCGUCUCCCUAGGGUCCGUCCCCAACCGGCGACGACUGCCCCGGGGCAAAAGUAGUCAGGCCCGCGCAGGAUACCCCAGCAGAGGCCCCCGCCACAGCCCGAGCAAAUCCCUCGUCACCGCUGGCUGCGCUUCCUCCCGUUCUGACCGGACGGGCUCUGGCCUCUGGACCUCCUCAUCCCCUCCGGCUGGCCCCUCCUUCCUGCUCCGCGUGCUGCGCGCGGCGCUGCCGGUUCACCUCCUCCUGCUGCUGAUCAUCGGCCUCGCCUGCCUCGUGCCCAUGAGCCCGGAGGACUACAGCUGCCACCACGCCAACAACUUCGCCCGCUCCUUCCAUCCCAUGCUGAGCUACACCAACGGACCUCCGCCUAUAUGAGGCGCCGCCCAACCAAGGACCCUGAAGUCACCUGUACCGGGACCACACCCCCUCUAUGAGGACCGCCCCCCACGACCAUAUAUGGACCAGACAUCCGCCCAGUCCAUCGUGGCCUCUGUUCCGUGUGAGGACCGGACAGCCGCCCGUGUACGGGCAGAACUCUCCGCCCGUAUAAGGACUGUCCCUCCGCAGCUAGCUACCAGCUUUGCCAAGGACUCCGACACUCUGACUAGUAUGAAUGUUCCCUGUUCUUUCCCUGCAGGACCCCCGACUCCCACUCUCCCGACCCCAACUCCACAACCCCACCUCCCCUCCACCCCCACGCUGGGAGCAUAUGAAAUCCGAUGGAGUGUCUCCACCAGUAACACAAUGAGAACCAGUCCAUUAGAGCGUUCUGGGGCCAGUUGACUGAGGCCCUAGCGUCUCCAGGGUGAAGGGACUCAAGCCUCCUCCAUCCGAAUAAUAGCAGUUGUUUUUUUAUUCUUUCUUCGGAAAAAUGAAGUAUAUUAUUUUUGACGUAUUUUUUAUUGCUACGGUUGAAUCACAGAGCACUAUUUAUAUACAACCGCGUGCUGGGAGCCAAAGUCCACCGGGCUGUUCGUACUUCAGUGCUGCUACUAUUUAUAUUUUUCCGUUCAAUUGGAUUUGAAGAUUUGUUUGAUUUCACGAGGACACAGCACAGACUGUGGGAGAUUCUACCUGUAAAUCGUAGUUUAGGUAAAGUAUCAAACAUUCAUCUCUUUGAAGAGUUUCCAAAAUGAGAACUUUUCAAAAUUGACAUCAUGGUAAAGUCUUGCGAUUUUGAACACCGAGUGAUCCAAUGCCUUCGGAAUCGGCCGACGAUUUCUGAUGGACGCACUUUGUAUUUAAAAGAAAUGGCUGCCGUUAUUUUAUUUUGUUCACGAGAUUUACAAAACAGCCUUUCGGAGACAAACUCGUCAUGGAAGGUAGCCGAUAGCUGAACCCUAACGCACUGAAACGAGCGCCUGAUUAUGGUUCCUCACCGAAGCCGUCCAGUCUUCCCCCAAGACAGCCAAAUGCUGGUGUCCCUGUUUUGAUCUCCUUUUAUAACCAUUCUAGUAUUUCAAUAUUUAAUCACGUAGGGCAAACCUCGACACGCAGGAUGAGAUUCCGUUUAUUUUAUUUCUAUCGGUGAUUCAAAUGCCCCGCAAAAUGCGGGCAGUUAUUUUUUUACCUUUUUAGUUCGAGCAUGCACUUCUGCAAGUCCUUUCUGCUUUUUAAGUUCGCCAACCAAUCACGGUCUGUGUACGGAGACGGAGGUGCGGAGGCGGGCGAAAAACAAUGCUUGGUGCUUUGUUACCGUGAGGACGACACCUCUGACGCGAUGGAGAUAUCUAGUCUGCGCUGUUUGAAACUGUAAAAAGAAACAUAAAAAAAAAAGCCCGGACAUGGAAAUGGUUAUUUAUGUAUGUACAGUUUGCUAAUGCUGAAAUCACGAAGAAUGUUCUUUACAUAUAGUAAAAAAAUAUAUAAAAUACA